GAAGCGGAAUCCCAGCCUAUGGUAAGGACGGAAUAAUGAGCACUGUACCAGGCUCCGUGGGCGGUGGCUUGGGGCCGCCUGGUACUGGUCCACCGUCAUCCUCCAAAAAGCGCACAAAGAUCGUUUUCUUGAGUCCAACGGAAGUAGGGAAUUGGGAUAGACUCGAAUGCAAUGCGGAACAAAAAUUACUGGAUAAAGAUGACAUGCUCAGAUAUGAAAAACUCCUGAAGAACAAGCCAUCUGUUCGGAAGAAAACGAAUUCAGCAGUGACACUCGCUGCCAGAAAGACCUGUCGUUCUAAACCGGCGAAGAAUGCUUCCCGCAAGAAAGUCGUCGACUCUUAUGCACCCUGGCUUGGUGAAGAUGACUCCGACGAGGCCGAUGCUGGACUGGAGGGUGAGCUUGAUGAUGACGAGUACUUCAGACGCUUGGAAGAAGAGAAACAGCGGGAGGAUGAGGAAGAAGCGCGGCGCAAGAAACAGGCUGCACGUGCGAAGAAGUCGAAGCCUAGUCCAAAGAAGCAAGGCUAUAAGGUUUCCAGAAGGAUUAGUGGGAAUUCUGCACGUCGCGGAUCGCAGCCCAACUAUGCAGUUCUUGCCGGCCUCGUUGAAGAAGACAGCGGCAGAGAUGACAGUGAAUAUGGUGACGGUACUGUUUCCUCCUACAGUGAAUCUAAAUUAGAUUAUGAGGAAGUGACCAACCUUCGAACACUUUCUCCACAUGAAGAGUUGGAUGAAGAUGAUGGGGAGGAGGACCGAUCUGAGCGUUCAUAUCCCGUUGAUGACCUUUCCCAAUCGCUGGACGCGGAGGAAGAGGAUGCAAUUAUGGAGGAGGAUGAACAACAGUCUUCAACCCGACCUGAUACAUCUUCCAGAAUUGUCUCUGAUCAGCUGUCUGUGUGUCCCGUUUCAAGUGAUCCCUUCACCAUAGCAAUGUUGAAUGUGGACCCCAUUCAACUAUUGUAUCAGUCACCUCACUUGGCGUUGCCGCCAUCUGCGUCCGAUUUAGUUUGCCCGAAGGGCCUGAUUAUGGAUGCUUUUUCAAUAUACGAGAUAUUAAACCGUUACAAUCGACUGCUUCGUCUUUCGCCAUUCAAAGUUGAAGAUUUUUUGGCGGCCCUGACUGCGAAUGAGAAUUCUAUUCUGCUCGCUGAGAUUCAUAUUGCACUGUUGAGAGCUCUCACACGUGAAGACGAUGCUGCAGGAACGUUGAUGUAUCCAGUUGACUCUAAAGACUCCGUCACAAUAACUUUCCACCUGCUUGACCGUUUCAACUGGCCACAUUUGCUGGCAGCCUAUCUGGCAAGCGUCAAGUCCUCUGAAUCUGCGGCUCUGGCUGCUGCUUCCAGUCUCAGUUCGAUGAGUAUGGCUGCUGCAUAUGCCGCCGGUGCUGCUGGCUGUGGUCCUACCGGUGGUGGUGGUGCAGACAAUGUGCUUACUGCCGCUCUAUUCCCAGAUGGUCUCAUCCCACUAGAUCCCGCUUAUCCAUUUGUUCCUGUCGAGAAACGCGUAGCUGUACUCAGAGGUCUGGCCAAUCUCAUAGUGGCCACGGGUCCAGUUCGUGGGGACAUUUUGCGGGACGGAUUCCUUCCACACGAGGAUCAUUGUCGUGUGUGUCAUCAAAGUGGCGACGUCUUGUGUUGUGACGGGUGCACAGCUGUAUACCAUCUGACGUGUCUCAAUCCUCCGUUACAGUCAGCUCCCUCGAGUAGCUGGCUCUGUCCUAUUUGCGUUAAACACCAAGUUACUGGGGUUUCCGAAUGCUUGACGGAAGAGGAGCGAUCUGGUAGAGUUCAUCGAAGAGAACCGAUUGGCACGGAUCGGGCCGGGCGUGUUUACUGGUACAUUGGGCGUCGGUUACUGGUAGAACCCGUAAAUUUCGCCCAACGCGAACCACAUCUCCCCGGACUCAUGGAAGGUGUAUAUGAUCCUCAAUGGAUCGAGCAGUACUUUCUGCAGCAGCUGCGCUCAGGGGAGAUAAUAUCACUACCAGAGUCUGCAGACGGAGCUUAUGACGAUACCACUGGCUUACCUGCUCCUUACGUUCGUUGCAAUCCCCUGGUGGACUAUGCCCUUGAACCACCCGUUUAUUACUAUAGCUGUGUGGACCAAGUGAUGGAGUUGCGUCGCCGCCUGUCUACACAAUGGGAGCCUUGGCUCUGCCAUCGGUUGGAUGCAUUGCUGCCACGUUUAUCAACAGAAAUGCGAACGACAGAGACCAUGACUGAUGAGGGAAUGGAACUGUUUUGCCAAGCUCAUCCGGAUUUUCAACGUUUAUCAUCCACAAGCACGUCUGCCAGCACCGAACUGAAAAAUGUAUUUUCGGUGUUUGAACUGGAAUCAGCGAGAAGCAAAUCGAGCAUUGAGGAUUCCGGUCCUACUGUUGGCACCAACCCUCCGCAAACCAUUUCAACGGCACCUGUAAAGGCGCUGUACGCCAACUCCCGCGGGAAGCUCUCUCUUGAGUUCACCACAUCAAGUGGUGUCCGACAGGGUUGUCUUCUUUCACCUUUCCUCUUUAACUUCGUCAUUGCUACGAUCAUGAAAAACGCACUCCCAGCCUCUAAUGCCUGUGGGGUCGAAGUGCUCCCUGGGCCUCCGCUCACAGAUAUCGAGUACGCAGACGACAUAGCUCUUCUUGGAUCUGACCCCGUGGCAAUGCAAACAAUACUAAAUAAUCUAAAUAAUUCUGCCUCGCGGUUUGGUAUGCGUUUCACACCUGCAAAGUGUAAAGUGCUACUGCAAGACUGGAUGGGCUCGAACCCUAGCCUCAUGCUUGCGGAUGAACCGAUUGAGACCGAAUGUGCCUUCGACCAAGUGCCAAGUUAUGAGUCCUGCUAUGCACCUGCUUGUUUGGAAACACCUACAAAAAACCCACCAUUAACUGAAGGUGACGAGUUCAACGAAUCCAAUGCGAUUUUGGCGGUGGAUGUGAAAAACUGUUUCUAUCGCAACCGCGAUGGAAUCGUGAUCCAGACUUCUAGAUCAGAGCAGAGUACUGAACCGACGCCUGCUACUGUCCUUACUGAGAACGAACAUCUGGAAUUAUCUCUCACAUCGUGUCUUCCCCCAGGCGUCGCGCAGACCAAGGGUGCGAAGCUGGUUGCCUAUCGGCUGUCCGAUGAGGGGACUUGGCGGUCUUGGACCAACGCCUAUACGACUGGUGUGUGGUCCGGUAGUGAAACCAACGGUUCUAAAGAUAAGCUUCCGGAAUCUCUGGAUAAAAAACACCCAACUGAUGCGGACGAGACUGACACGGAUUCCGGCCCUUCUGUUAACAUAAUACUCACGCGACAACAGUUUAUGGAAGAAAAGGAGCGUCGUCGUCUCCUGGGCAACAAAUUCAGCAUGACUGACCUGGCGUUGGAUAUGUGGCGUUAUAUGGAACCACCGGCAGUUGCUUAUCAACUAUCCGAAGCACUGGAGUUCCUGAAAGUCCCAUGCAAAUUGGCGGAGGAUUUCUUCUCACCUGGGUGGUUUGCCACUGUGCCUCGUUUGUUUGAUGUGCUACGCUUGACCAUGUGCUACUUUGAAGCUCAGCUACCGACCUGCUUCUACACUCCCGCUUGGCGCUGUUUUCGCAACCAAUGGAUAGAAACCGUUUUGCGCGCGUCUAAUCCGAUUCAACUGGCGGAUGCGCUGGCACAGUUCGAAGCAUCAGUCCGUCCUGUGUGCUAUCAACGAGUGUGGUCCAAUGCAAUAGGCCAUAUCGCAUACGAACGAACCACGAUGGCACAGCGUGAAGAAGACCGGCGUAUCCGACAGAUUGAUCGCUCUGGAACGAGCAGCGCAAAUCAUGCUGGAUCUACAGCAGCAGCAAAUGUACCAGCGAACCUCAUUAGAACUCGUAACCCUGGUCCUAUACGUCACUCAGUGUGGAAGUAUCGUGGAGAGGAAUAUCGCCGGCUGGGCGGUGAUGGUUGGAUGUGGCUGAGCUCAACGCGUCGGGCACCUGCGGAAGAAGUUCAUCUCGUGGCUACUGCCUAUCCGCGACUUAAUCAGGUCGUUCGCGAGGGUACAACAGAUUCGUUGCAAUUCGGUACAUCCCGUCCGACUGUUAAGCGCGGUCUGCAACAUGGGAUCGGUUGGGGUGUCUGUCCAGAAUAUCUACAGGGUGAAGUUCCCAUCAAGCCUCCGAAACCCAGCGAAUGUCGUGGUCACGUUCUGCAUCCGAUUACAGGUAUCCCAUUAUAUUUGAAUCCUCGAAGGACUUCGUACGUUAUUCCUGUUGAGGAACUUUCUCGUAUUCAAGCAGAAGCAUUAGCACAACGUCUCUCCCCCGACUCACUCACGAAGCCCGAUGGUACACCUAGAGAGACAAGAUCGGAGCCAGCUGACCCCUUGGAAGGGCCAGUUGAGAAACCAGUCGCCAAGAGUGCAGAAAUUGCAGUAACAGGUGACACUUCUCCAUCAGUUAAGACUGAACAUCAAGACAGUAAAACACACGUGGACGCCGAUGCUCAUACUGACGAACGAAGCCCGGACUCAUUAAAUCGGACGAACUGUGUUACAUCCCCGGUUCUAAACGUGUCUUAUUGCCUACAAGAACGUAUUCAUUUUCCCCCUGUUGUUGUGCGACCACCCAUCAGCCCAUCGUUACGUUCCCGUCGCCUGCGAUACCGUCUCGAUCGACUUCUUGCCCGCCGCCAAUUUGCUGCGGAUACUGAUAAGCACGCCGCCCAAGAAGCGGAGGCUUCUAUUCACUUACUCGAAACGGAAAUGAUAGAUUUGGAAAAGCAGCGAGCAGAGCUUACGGAACGACUCUCCUCUUUGAGUGCCGAAAUACAGGAAGCGCGAACUGCCAAAGCCCGUGCUAUUAAAGAGAAGACUGAUAGCGCCAAAAGUAUUCCGUCAUUUGUAUCCAAAGGGCCAGUCAGCAGCGCUGGACCAGUCGUAUCUGCUCAGAACCAAACAGGCACCAAUUUACAGCCAAUGACCAAACCCCUCAUUCAACAUUCUGUCCUUGACUUCGGAAAUGGGCCUCGAUUCCGAGUCAUUGCUCCAAGAAUUGACAAGCAGCAUUGCACUGCCUUGUAUCAGAGAACAAAUGACCUCCAGCCCAAACGCCCUCCAAGCAAGCCUGCACAAGUGCGCUCUGGAGAUGAUGACGGUGGUGGCUCGAUAGGUCAGCAACUGCGCCGGAGCUCACGAAAACAAAAGGCAGUUCGCCGUGACCCUGACUUCGUGGUUGACUUUGAUGAUGAUGAUGACGAGGAAAAUGAAGAAGAGGGCGAAGACAACGGGGGUGGGACAGAGAGUGCAGAUGAAUUUGGUGACACAGGCCGCUCGCGACCUCCACGUCGUACAAUUCCUCAGUUUGACGGAGCAGGUGAUGAGGAAUCCAGUGAUGCAGGAAACGAACCCGGGAUAGUUGUCAUUCCCACUGGUACAGCCGCCUCUACAGACCCGAUAGAACAGGCCGGGAAUGCUGAGGUCGAACAAGUGAACCAGUUGGAAUCAUCGGAGUCUGUUGUACCAGCUGAUUCAACCGUUCCAGCUGGUACAAGUUCUACACAUAAACAAACUUUCCAAGUCAUCUCGAGUCCGGACCUUCCUGGCCAUCGUAUUUUGCGCGUUGUUCGAGCUGGUGAUGUGGCAGUCUCGAAACAGGUGACCAAUGUAAGACUGCCUGUGAACGGCGACCCGACAAUGAUCGUAACAAGUGUUGAUGCCACUGAGGAUUAUGCGCAAUCUCAGGUUUGUCAAAAAACCCUUCAAUCUGGAGACCAUGCGCCAACAACACUGGAUCCAUUGUCUCUUUCCAUCACAAUUUCCAACAGCACUGUCCCGAUCACACAGCUUGUUGGUCUCAACCAAUCGCCUAAAUCCACAGCUGCCGUCAGCCCCACACCAGCGAUUCAGGGCCCUAUAGUUCUUCCUCAGAACUUUCGAUUGCCUUCGGGUGCAACGUCACUGAUUGCCGCAGGUCCUAUACGUAUAGCAGAUGGCAAGGUUAUCCGAACUCUGCAAAACCUCGUCCCGUCAAACAUCACCGGUAAUCGAUUGAACGUUCCAGUGACGUUGUCAGGCUCGACUCCGAUCCGUGUUAUCCUAUCUGCUGCCCCCACGUCCACUUCCGGCUCGGCUCCUGUUGUCCUAACAACCACCCCUGUUUCCGCCAUCCCAACGUCCGCCGAGGCUAUCGACUCCACGGGGACCAUUGUGACUACCAACCUGUCUGCACCCCUCUCCAAUGUAGCACGUUCUCAGCCAGCCAUCCUCCGACGGACCUUGGCCACUGUAUCCACCCCUGGUCAAUUACUCCCUAAUGAAGUCAAGUACUUCACAAUUCCUCAGUCGCAGUCAAUAGCAAGCGUGGUGGCCGCUAGCACCGCGCGCAAAAUUGUUUGUGGCGAUCCAGCACCUGCUCCUGUUGUGCAGUCGCAGCCGCCCGCGGAUACAUCCACACUUCAGCAAAGUCGUCGUUCAAUGGCGAAAACGGCACAUGCCAACGAUGAGUCGCGCUCCGCCGCGGUUCUUCUUAGACCACGACUUGUCUUGCCACAACAGAGCGCCUGCUCGUCCACUCCCAACAGGCUCGUUUCUCUGCAAGCCCGCGCACCAACUGAAGCUCAGGUUGCAUUAAACAAAGCUGUUACAGACGCCACUGAGCGUUUGAGAGAAGCGGAAGCUCAAGCCGCAUCCGUCCGAUCUGAGUUGGCAGCUUUAGACAAAAGAAUAGCUGAUGUGCGAAAGAAACUCGUGCAGCAGCGGGCCUUGCUUUCUCGUGGCACAGUAUCCACAGCGCAGCCUUAUUCAUUGAUCCGAAAUACGCACAUUCAGUCUGUCCAAUCCGGUGAUGAAGUGCUACUCCCCGCUUCGUUACCACCAGUCAACACUUAUGUUUGGCCACCGGUCGAGUGGAAGGAUGAAUACAAAAAGCGACAGAGUUCCAGCAGUCUUUUCCGAUGGAAUGUGCGGAAUCUGCGGUGGCUUAUCUUGUCUGCUGGUCGUCGUGAAUUACCUGGAUAUGACACCGAAAAGAAACGACUGGCACAGAUCGUCUGGCCAUAUCCGACAGCGAAACCAACAUUGUCAGAGACGUGGCGAUUCCGUCUUAGUCAACUCCGUCUUGGCCCCGAUCGUCUGUCAGCAAUGGCAAAAAGUUACCAACCUAAGGACUACGGCCAGGAUAUGGCCAACAUAGCUUUAUUGAUGCGCAUUCUGUGGCACUGUAUCCGAUGGGAUGAUAUUCUGGGCGAGCCAGCGGACAAUGUUCACGUGCUCGAUGCGGAUGGUCGUCCAUGCUUUCGUGAACUCAUGGAUUAUGAAGACUCUGGGACAGGGAGAGCGGGGCAGUCGGCCUAUUGUACCAGGAAAAUUGUUGGAAUUCAACCACUGGACAAGCAUUGGCAGCGAGCAAAUUAUCUAGUAAGGCUUACUCACACCCGGCCUUCGUCCAGUGGGGCUGCACAGACUAGGCGAACACCCGGCCGAAAUGCGAAGCGUAGCCGACGUACAGCACAUGCCGCCACCAACUCCUCUGCGUCUGAAUCAUCCACAGCCUCUCCUGUCCCACACUCUAGUCGGAAGUCGAAAAGUCGGAAGUCAGUGCCAAGACAAGACCCCGACUACGAUCCGUUCGGGGACGACAGCUGGUGGGGAUCUGCCAGUGCUCGGCGCCGUAAGCGUCGUCCAGUUGGUGGUCGGAUUCACCGAUCCUCAGAAUCAGAUGAUGACGAUGGAGCCUAUGAUGAUGAGGAUGACGAUGAUUGGCCUCCUUCUACCCGCAACAGUAAGGGUGCCAAUCGCAAUAACCAAUCAAGUGCUGGGGCUGUGAAUGAGAACUCCGCAGCAUCACAUCAGGAAAUUCGGGUUGAAGAGCGCUGGAUGGCAGAAGAUCACUUAUUUUUGUGGGAGAUUAGGACUUUCAUGAACGAAUACCUGCCACCCAAUCAUGAUUAUCUGCAUGUGGGCACUGAAAAGUUGGACGGAAAAUCUCAGGCUGUCGCGACCUUACGGCGACCUGCGAGGUUAUCAACGGUUCCUCCGAGCGUACAAACGAAAACCGAGGAGGCCAACUAUACAAAACAACAACCGGAAGAGUUACCCGAGAAUCGAGAGGAACCGCCACCCCAUCCCAAUUUGGCAAACGCUCUUGUAGGGACAAAUACGAAUCUGGGUACGCUCACUCCUUAUAAAGACUUUGUGGCAACACACUGGUUGCUAUCCAUAUUACUCUAUAUCCAUUUAUCGUAUUUUUUAUCUAAUUUUGUGAACUUUAUCUACCCAUUUAUGCACUUUCCUUCAGCUUCUUCCGGGAUUAUCUGGGACGUGCAUUCGGGAUUUCGUAUCUCCGGUGACCCUACUGUUAGACUAAUCCCUGCUCUUUCCACACGUCGUCGGGCUUAUCAGAGAGAUUCCAAUCCACCCGAUUCUUCUGGCCAGCCUGAACAGACAAUCUCUCCUUCCGUUCUUGAGGCAAAAGCACGAGCUCGUUCACUGGCUGCCUCCCACGCAGCCAAAGCCUCAGUUGCGGCGCGAAGGAUGCGUAAUGAGCGCGCUCUUUUGGAGCAGCGUGUUCGUUCUUUACGAAGCCAGAUUCUUACCCGCCGGCGUCUUCACUUGUCAUUGGCAAGACUUAUUUCUCAGGAUUCUCUCAGUGACUUCCAGGAGCGGGAUUUUCACAGGGAGCGCCCGACUCCCAUCAAGGUGAAGCAGCCCCCACAAGACUUUCCCUCCAAAACUCCCUUUACUCCUCUUCGAGGUGUUACGAAACGAGGUCGCCCACCUCUCUCAAGCCGUAACAGACAGUCAUCUCAAGAGGCCAGUCCUCGUCCAAAAGAUGUGCCCGUUUCAAGAACUGGCACACGAGCUUUCUGGAAUGAGGAUCAAGAAAACGAACCGCACUGGAUUACAAAGACGUCUGGACUUCGACGUUUCAGCCGUGGUUUGGCUGUCGUCAAACGUGGCCGGGGGCGCGGUCGUGCUCGAUUUUCGAGGGUCUUGACUAAUCGUGUCUCCGCAUCUCGAAAGUACCGAAAACCAGAGGAUUCUCCACUUCCGUGUCCCAAACCUGAUGACCAGGAACCGCACUUUGAUAACGAGCACAGUUCAUCUAGUGGAGCAUCAACACCAAGCACGUCCCCCGGUCUUGGCGAUGAGACCCUUGAACGAAUUCUUAUCCCGUCGACUGUCUUGAAACAAGAUGAACCCCAUUCAACACCCAGAGGUGCGGCUGGGAAACGAAGAGCUGCGGCGUCACGUUGUCUGUCGACUGGUAGCCGAGGACGAGCUGGCCGUGGCCGCGGAUACCGGGGUCGUCCUGCUGGACUUGCCAAGGGACAGACUAUUCGACUUCCGACAGCGUUUGCUGCACCAUCUCCUUCUACUCAGACUGCCUGUCCGAACAUACCGGAUUCGACAACACUCUACUGCUUGUGCAAGACCCCAUACGAUCCCACUAGAGAAUAUCUCGGCUGCGACCUGUGUCAGGACUGGUUUCACUUCGAAUGUGUCGGACUUCGUGCAGCCGAAUCAGGCAACCUGGGUGAAUCCUGGCAUUGUCCGGACUGUAAAAAGGCGGAGAUCGAUGCGAAUGAGAUGCUCUACUGCCUAUGCCGAACGCCAUAUGAACCGUUGCGCGUCUACAUCGCUUGUGACGGUUGCGACGAAUGGUACCACGCUGAAUGUGUCGGGAUGACUUCGGAGCAGGCAGCUAGUCACACGGGAACCUACAUUUGUCCGACAUGCUCGAAAAACGCACCCAACAAACCGGAGGGUUUGUCAAUUUCGGAUGACCAUGAAACUCCGGUGAAAGCCGAUCCGGACACGAGCAGCGCCGCUGUGACGACAAUCUAUGAAACAGCGUUAGAAUCGGAUACAAAAAUGCGGCUGCUGGAACUCGUAGAAGAUAUGAUGCACCACAAAAUGGCAUGGCCUCUCGUUCAAGUCCUGGACCCACAAAAGUACCCAGCUGUGGUAAAGUUGUCUGAUAUCAAAAAUCUCUGCACAUUGUUAACGGAGCUAACGCAGGACAUGUUUGAAACUUUGGGGGAUUUCGCAUUUGCUAUGAAUCGAAUUUUCUCAGACGCUCGCACAGUGUUUCCCCAACAUAGUCCCGAAUUCCACUGUGCUGAUGUCAUGGAAGCGUACUUUAUACAACAGAUGAAACGCAUCAAAGCAGGCCUAGACCGUUGAACGGUCAUUCGGCCUGUUGCUUCUUGUGCAUUUUGUACAUAAACACCACCCCCACACCCUUGCAUGUUUCAGUUGUACAUUCCCUCCUCUUCACCGAGCAACCCUCAACCCAAUUUUAUGCCCUGUAUGCUCUCAGUUGGCGAUUUUGUCACUAGAUGCAUCAUCAACUGUCAAUAUUGUGACAUGAAAAGCAGAUAUGUGCACAAACAUUUUUUAUGUUGGCGUGUUGGGCAAAAGCCAGCGCGGGAAAAUUUUUU